AGAAUUGCUAUGCAAAGCAGAGAUGCUCAACCAUACGGUAGUUAUGCGUGAGUGUGAAUGCCUUCAUGAGCCGAUAGAGGGGUACGCGGGAGUUGCCAAUCUGCUGCUUAUUGUCAUCUCGCUCCCGUUAAUAUCAUUCGUCGGCGUCGUCCUCAACUUCUUUAACAUCUUCAUUUUUUGCGACCAGAAGAACACCGCCGCCAAGUAUUUGACGGCACUCUCGUGCAGUGACGUAGGAGUAUGUAUGGCAGGGAUCUUCGUCAUUUGCUCCGACUCUCUCCGAGCACACUCAUUUGUCAUUGACCAAGUCUUCGUGUUCUUGUUGCCCAAAAUCAUCCCGUUGGGCCUCUUUUUUCAGAUGCUCAGUGUAUAUAUCACAGUUUUGGCUGCAUUUGACUGUUUCUAUUCUGUAUAUUGUGGAACAAAAUGCGAGCCAAAACGCAGCACAUGGGCUCCACGGGUUCUCGCGCUUGUCGUCAUUUCGGUGGCCGGCUAUAAUAUUGUUCAAUUUGGAGAUUUGCAGGCUAUUGAAUGUCUUCACCCGGACAAUUACACACUUUUUGAGUUAUGCCCUACUGAAAUGAGGGUCAGUGAAACAUAUGUCAUUGUGUAUAAAGGAUAUCUUUAUGCACUUUCAAUGGCAUUUCUCCCAUUUGUACUUCUCACGUUUUUAACUGUUUCGAUCAUUGUAAUGCUUCGUCGGAAAAACGAAACAAUGCACAUGGACAAGGCAGAGAAAGAAGAAUGCGAAGAUGACGGGGGCAAUAAUCCGGUUGUACUUCUUCUAGUGGUUCUCCUAUUUCUCUGUUGCAAUUUGACAUCACUUCUAGUCAAUGUUUUUGAAAUGCUCAAGUUUAAUAUGGCAUUUGAAACAGAAGCAGUGCUCAUUGACAUUGGAAAUUUUUUGGUGGUUAUCAAUGCGACGGCCAACUUUUUUGUAUACAUGGGGUCGUCGGAAGAGUUUCGCUCGUCAUUUUAUCAGCGGAUUCGGCAAUUGUGGAGGCCAAAAUCGACGAGAUUACCCUUGCUUCAUGAUCAUAGAAUACGACUUUUCAAUAGGAAUCCGGUUGCGAGUAGCAUAUGAGUAUUCUUCAAUUACAAACAGUUUUUACCGGUAUUCAUCGCCAUGUAAUUAGCUUUUCUGAAACUUUUCAUACGGUUUCUAGAGAUUCUAUGAAUCUCUGAAAUUGUUCAAACAUAUAUUAUGAUCUUCACCAAAAUCACGUGUCAAUUGCUUUGUUGGGUUAUCAUUUGUGUAUUCAUUUUCUAUUUCUAUUUUGAAGUGAAACAUUUAAAUCUCGAUAAUAAAAUAAUUUCAUUCAACAAA